CUCCUCCGUCCGCGCCCGCUUCCCCCCGCCAUGCCGUUGGAUCACCGCCGCCUGCGCGGCCCGGACGAGUCGCAGCCGCCGGAGCUUUGGGCGGCGCAGCCCCGGGAUGGAGGAGGAGGAGAGGCCGAGGAGAGCGGAGCGGCGCCGCGGGAUCCCUGCGCGCUGCGGCCGCUGUUCGCCCGCGCGGGGCUGCUGAGCCAGGCCGAGGGCUCCGCCUACGUGGAGCUGAGCGGCGGCACGAAGGUGCUGUGCGCGGCCUGGGGCCCGCGGGAGGCGGCCGAGCCGGGCGGAGCGGUGGCGGCGGGCCGGCUGCUGUGCGACUUCCGCCGGGCUCCGUUCUGCGCCCGCGGGGCCCGGCCCAGGCCCGGGGGGGCGGCGGAGCGGGAGGCGGAGCGGGAGGCGGCGGCGGCGCUGCGGGAGGCGUUGGAGCCGGCCGUGCGGCUGUCGCGGUACCCGCGGGCGAGGCUGGCCGUCAGCGCGCUGCUGCUGCAGGACGGCGGCUCGGCCCUGGCCGCCGCCAUCAGCGCCGCGUCCCUCGCCUUGGCCGACGCGGGGGUGGAGAUGUACGACCUGGCCGUGGGCUGCGCGCUGUGCCGCCCCCCGCGCGGCGACGGCGACGGCGACGGUUCCGCCGCGGAGCCGUGGCUGCUGCAGCCCGGGGAGGCCGAGGAGCGCGGUUCCGCCGCUCGCCUCACGGUGGCGCUGUUGCCCGCCCUCAACCAGGUGUCGGCCGUGCUGGGCGGCGGCCGCGGGGGGGAGCCCGAGGGGUGGGGGCGGGCGCUGCGGCUCGGCGUGGAGGGCUGCCAGCGCCUCUACCCCGUGCUGCGGCACUGCCUGCUGCGGGCCGCGCGGCGCCGCGACGGGGCCUGAGCUGCGGGCCGGGCGGGCGGGGCCGGGCUCGGCCUCGAAGGGGCCCCGGGGUGCCGCCGGAGUCCCUGCGGAGCCAGCCCGGGUGCCGCCGCAGAGCGCUGGAGCAGCCCGCGGCGCUGCCUCUGAGCCCGGUGGGUUUAUCUGAGCUGCCCUCACGCUGCUGGGACCCCCAGGACUGCCAGCAGGGACCCCGCGAGCCGCCCUUGGGGCCACCGGGAGCCCCCGGAGCCGCCCCGGGUGCCGUCACUGACCCCACGGAGCCACCCCUCGUGCCGUCGGCGACCUCUGGAGCUGCCCUUGGCGGUGCCGGCGACCCCCAGGCCUUACCUGAGCCACCCCUCACACCAUCGGAGCCCCCCAGGACUGCCACCGAGACCCACCGAGCUGCCCCCGGCGCCAUCGGGGACCCCCACGGCUUACCUGAGACCACCACAGAGCCCCCUGCGCUGCUUCCGAUGCCACCAGAGACCCCCAGAGCUGCCCCUGGCGCCAGCAGGGACCCUCGGGGUCCUCAAACCACCCCCUGUGCCAGCAGAGACCCCAAAGCAGGCCUGGUGCUGCUGGAGACGCCGCCACAUCCCCCCCACCGCCACAUCCCGGCACCUCGUGGCUCAGUGACUGCUGCCUGCGGUGCUCCAGGGUGGCAGAAGGACCUCUUGUGUUGUGUUGUUUUGGGUUUGUACAAUAAAAUUGGUUGGGUUUUUUUUUUUUU